AUGUCAUCCAACAAUAGCACAAGCAGUUCAUCAGCAAUUCUUCAACUUCAAAACGGUUUUUUUUAUUCCAGUCUUAUCUUAGGAUUUAUUCUAUUCAUUGGUGGUAUAUUAGGUAAUAUUCUUAACAUCAUAGUCUUCGUUAAAGUUGGAAAUUACAAGAAUAAUGCAUGUUCACUUUACAUGUUUGUUCGUACUUUUCUUGAUCUCUACAUUCUUCUUGCUGGUAUGACUACUCGAAUUCUUACUACAGGUUUCCAAAUAGACUUUACUUUGAUGAAUAGAAUUUGGUGUAAAGCGCGCGCAGGUUUUAUCGAUAUUAUUAAUGAAAGUACAUAUACUUUGAUUUGCUUACAAGCUAUUGAUGCUUUCAUGUGUUCUUCUCCAUCAGCUGUUGUCCGACAAAAGAGUAAUAUUCGAAUAGCACGAUAUUUAGUCAUUGGUACUCUUUGUUUUUGGUCUAUUCAUGAGAUACCAUACUUCAUCCUUCAAGAUCUUGUUAUUGUAGGAGGCACUUCCAUGUGCAUCGGAACAAAUACAAUAUUUGCUCAGUAUCGUAGUUAUUUUGUCUAUCUCGGUAUUUUCACCACUAUUCCAAUCACAGUGAUCUCUACUUUUGGCUUUCUCACUGUCCAACAUAUGAAAACUAUCGCUGUAACGAGAACACUUUCUUCUCUAACAAGACAAACAAUUAGCAUGGCAUUAUUUCAAAUAUUUGCUGUAUUACUGUUCAAUGGUCCAUAUACAGCCUGGUCAAUUUACUCAAUUAUUACAGCAAAUGUAGUUAAAGAUACAUAUAGACGAACAGUGGAACAGUUAAUUACUUCAUUUGCUGUUACUUAUGCUUAUGGCCCAUAUGCAAGUUCAUUUUAUUGCUAUUGCUUAUCUAAGAGAUUUCGGAAGCAGUUGGUCGUUUCUCUCAAAGAACUCGUUUGUGGUAUACAUGCGAACCAAGUAUUUCCAAAUACUCAAAAAAGUGGCACUCGUACCUAA